AGUAAACUGUGUGCACUGACUGUCUUAGUUAGCUGUCAUCAUCACGCUUCGCCACAUCUAACGUUAGCUAACUAAACGUGUUAAUGCGAUGCACCGGGAACUUAUUGAUCAUGGCUAACCUACGGAUUUAUUUGGUGGCGGUUGUCCAGACUGUCCUCUACAGCAGAGCCUGUGACGCUCUUUGGUGUAACUGCACAAUUGCCCAGUGUGAGAAGACGGGUUCUCAGUGCGAGACCGACGGAGCCUGUGUUGCUUCCACUUCACUGAUUGACGGCCAAGAGCAGCACAUCCGAACAUGCAUCACACAGGACAAACUUGUCCCCCCUGGACAGCCGUUCUACUGCCUCAGUGCAGAGGGCCUGCUCAACAUCCACUGCUGCUACACAGACUACUGCAACAGCAUCGACCUCAAAGUACCAUCUGUGACAACUCAGUCAGAACUAGGAGGAGGCUACGGUCCAGGGGGGACCUGGGGGCUGGUGGAACUGGUAGCUGUGAUUGCUGGGCCACUGUUUCUGCUCUGCCUGCUGCUGCUAGUGGGUGUGUUCAUGUUCCAGUACCACCAGAGGGCCUACAGCCACAGACAGAGACUGGAGGUGGAGGAUCCCUCCUGUGACCACCUCUACUUGGCUAAAGACAGGACCCUGCAGGACCUCAUUUACGAUCUGUCUACAUCUGGUUCAGGAUCUGGGUUGCCGCUGUUUGUCCAGCGGACCGUGGCCAGAACCAUUGUCCUUCAAGAGAUAAUUGGCAAGGGGCGCUUCGGAGAAGUGUGGCGGGGAAGAUGGAGGGGCGGUGAUGUGGCAGUGAAGAUCUUUUCAUCCAGAGAAGAGCGCUCCUGGUUCCGUGAGGCUGAAAUCUAUCAAACCAUCAUGCUCCGCCACGAGAACAUUUUGGGCUUUAUAGCUGCUGACAACAAAGAUAACGGCACAUGGACCCAGCUGUGGCUUGUGUCAGACUACCAUGAGCAUGGCUCUCUGUUUGACUACCUGAACCGCUACUCUGUUACUACUGAAGGAAUGAUCAAACUGGCGCUGUCAGCUGCCAGUGGCCUUGCACAUCUACACAUGGAAAUUCUUGGAACACAAGGAAAGCCAGGUAUAGCCCACCGGGAUCUGAAGUCCAAGAACAUCCUUGUGAAGAAGAACUGCACUUGUGCCAUCGCUGACCUGGGUUUGGCUGUCCGUCACGACUCUGCAACGGAUACCAUUGACAUCGCCCCCAACCAAAGGGUUGGCACAAAGAGGUACAUGGCUCCAGAGGUUCUGGACGAGAGCAUCAACAUGAGACACUUCGACUCAUUCAAAUGCGCUGAUAUCUAUGCUUUGGGGCUGGUCUACUGGGAGAUUGCACGCCGUUGUAACAGUGGAGGUAUCCAUGAGGAGUACCAGCUACCCUACUAUGACCUGGUCCCUUCUGACCCGUCUAUAGAGGAGAUGAGGAAGGUGGUGUGUGACCAAAAGCUACGACCCAAUAUCCCAAACUGGUGGCAGAGCUACGAGGCUUUGCGGGUUAUGGGUAAAAUCAUGAGGGAGUGUUGGUAUGCAAAUGGGGCGGCCCGCUUAACAGCCCUGCGCAUUAAAAAGACCCUGUCCCAGCUCAGCAUCCAAGAGGACAUAAAAGUCUGAGCUACAUCAGCCAAGCACUGAGAAAGAGCACUGAAGAAGACCCGGCUUCAGACUGUUCAUACAAAGGCGUUAGGCCUUCUUCAGAGCACAGAACGCACAAAGUAAGAUAGAGGAGAGAGUGGCACGUUGUAAAAUAUUAUUCCAUAAACACUCCUGCCACUUUCAAAGCCACUUGGUUUCUGACAAACCCUACCUCGCUUACCCAGCCAAACUACCAAGAGCACCUUUUCUGUCUUGUCCUCCUCAGCUACUGCUGCCCUACCUGAACCUUUUUCCUCUCUACACUCCAUACUAACAAAGAUCCUUGGAUUUCCUCUGUACUUGUAUGCAAUCAAUAACAGGAUAUAUAAUGAACCAGUUAACAUGUUAAAUAUCAGUUGCUGAUAUUCUAUCAAAGUCUCUUUAAACACAGUUGCUUAAUAGUUAAUGAACAGAAACUAUUGUCUUUGUAACAGUAAGGGUUGUUUUAAGUUAUUUUUACCUAUUCUGCUAUUUAAAUGAUCCGAUCUUGUUAAUAUUCAGUAUGGGUGUUUGUAAGGCUAUCGUGUAGAUUUCUCUGUGCACGUCAGUAGCACACAGGCGCUUCUUAGAAACUCUUCAAAGCAAAUAAUCCAUCUGGUUCUGCUACAGCAGUGUGGUUUAGUUGUAUGCUAAUAACCAUGUAAGCAUGUACAAAGCAGUAGAGACAGCCGGUGUAAAUUCAGCCUGUCAGCUUUUAAAGAGGAGUGUUGAGACGUUCAAGUAUUAGGGCACCUUUCCACACGUGAUUUAGACUUUGGAACAUUGCCUGGAGUUCACCCCAUAAGCUGUUGUAAACCUCAGGUCUUCUGUAUUAUUAACCAUUGAACACAUUUUUUUUGUUUCACUGGUUAAAAACAGCUUUGCAAGACAUUUGGGAAUAAUUUACCAGUAUGCAUUUUGCUUGAAGUGAAUGGUGCAAUGUCACAGCUGCCAGUGUUGUCAUACUGCACCAACACUUUGGCCGACAUACUGACUAGAUUCAGUUUGUCACAAAACACAAGCAGCUUGUUGCUACUGUUAAAUUGUUAGAAAGUUUUCUGAUCUCAAAGCAGCCGGUGACUAACAUACCUGCCAUGGGACUGAACAUUGCUCCGGUCCAGAUAAGCUGGUACAAAUGACAUUCAGAUAAAACUUCAUCUUUUCCAGCAGCCAAUACUACUUACACUGUAUCUGAAAUACGAGGCAGAUUAUUGAUACAGAAGUAAUGUUUUUAAUCUUUUAAAUGUACACUAACUCAAGGAAUCUGAAUGAUAAACUGUUUUGUGUUUAUUUUUAUAUUGCCACAGCAUGUCCUUUGUCCAUCUUCUUUUCCCUUAAGGGCACACCCUCCCUUGCCAAGUAUAACUACUGCAUAUGAACAGCUUUUUAAUGUGGUAUUUAUGUAUAUAUACACGUUUAUUUUCAGUUACUUUAAAAUAUUGGUGAUGUUUUAGGUGGUUGAACCUUUUAUACCUAUUUUCCGUUUUGGUGCAAACAAAAUCAAAGACUUAUGUUAACAGAAUUCUGUGUUGUUAUACUUUCCGACCUUUGAGGAAACAUUUCUGCAUGUGUCAGACACGAUGCUUGUCAACGUUCCCCAUUUAGCAUUCUAUUACUGCAGAGCAGUAUCUGAUUUCUUUUAAUCAAUGGUUCCCCAUGCAGAUCCUCUUGUUCACCAUAGUAUACCUCCUCAGUGUUCAGUAUAUGUAUGCUCUCCUUUACACUAACACUGUCAUAAAUCACUUUAUGCAUUUUUAAUUUUCAGGAAAUUGGUGCACUUUCGUCUUUUAGUCAUGCAAAUUCCACAGGUACUGUUUGUGUGUCUCUGUGAGUCUUAAGUGUGUUAUUUAUGUCUAUGCUGUGAGUCCCUAUGAGAGCCGGACAGGCCACAUGUGCACUACUACUGACCUCACAGCAUUAAAACCAAAUUAUUCUCAGAAUCGUCUCUGCCAGCGGCCUCCUAUAUUUAUUUCAGAUCACACCACUAAAAUGCAAAUGUUUACACAAUUCAGUUGCAGGACACUCCAUCAGACUGGAAGUUUUAAAAAACAAUCAGACUUUUCUUUUUUAUCUCUGGGACAAAAAAAAGUGGAAUAUGAUACUACUGAAAUGUCAAUGUGCUGUCCCAUUCAUGUGUUUCAGAUACACUGGUUAUUUUACAUGUCUUAUUUCUUAUUUUGCAGUGUUUUUAAUAUGUAUCACAGAUUGUAAAACAGACCCAGACUAAGCAGACAAGACUUGUUUUAGUUGUUUUUCACUGGAGAAACCGGGGACCUAUCCUGUUUGGAAUGUCAAUUUAUACACUGAAGAUUUAUCAAAGUGUAUGUACCUUUACAAUGUGAGAAAUACACUGAAUUUAAGGUUUUAAAUACCCAGGUCAAAGUAUUUAUGUGAAAGAAUAUUAUUAAGAAUUGAAGACAUGCAUUAGCACUGUAGGUUGUGACAAAGACCAGACUGCAUCUGUGUAAAAGUCCCUUCAGGUCUUUAAUCAUGUAACUUAUAAUAUAGAGUAAUAAAUACUGUUUUUUCCUA